AUGCAACUGGCAAGGCUGCGGCGGCGCCUUUUCAAAGCCCCUCUGCAAGCCACACCCGCCUCCUCCCUCUCGAGUGGGGUCAAACCACUUAGUUUAUUUCACCUGCUGCCACUUUCUUCCCUGCCACGAAUUCAGCCUGGCUUCCUUUGGCCUGAGACAGCGUCUUCAGGCGGGUCGGUUGGGACUUGCCUAGCGGGGCGCCCACCUGCACCGGCACCCUCACCCGCGCCCGCACCCGCACCCGCACCCGCGGGGAGGGGCGGCGCUGGCCGGGCUCUCUCGGGUGGACUCGCGGAGCCGCGGCGGCAGUGCCUGUGGCAGACGGCGAGUCACGUGCAACAGAGGGGGCGGAGCGCGGCCGGACGGGUGGGUGGAGAAAACAAAGCCCCCAGCUGUCAGCAGAGGAAGGAGGCAACAGCGCCGGAGCAGGGUCCUGUUUCCCAGAGGAACAGUUCAUUUCAACAGCCAGGGAGAAAGCCUGGAUGCUCAAGCUGGAAGAAACCUCAUUGA